CUGCGAGGUGACCGUUUCCACACGUGGAUAAAAUCUUAGAAACGCUGUUUGAGAAGUAAAGGACGCCAGUCUCUUCGCGCCCUGUGCAGUGAGAUAAAGCUCUCCAUGCAGAACCUUCUCAGGGUGGUGAACGGUGGUCGCGUCUUUACAGCGAUUCACCGUCUAAAGCCAUGUCUGCCUCAGUGCCCACUGCAGACAGGAGGCCGGCUGGAGGGAGCAGGUCUGAGCGUUAUUCCCAGAAGGCUGAUGUCUGAGAAGCGCCUCAACGUCCCACCCAGCGCGGAUGUUGUGGCUCGAGUGUCUGGGAUAUCGACCAUGGCCAAGUUACCGUUUCAAGAAACGGCUGAAGGCCUGGACGCAGCGUUUAUAGGGGUGCCCAUUGACACCGGCACCUCCAACAGGCCUGGGGCGAGAUUUGGUCCUCGGCAGAUCAGGUCAGAGUCCAUCAUGCUGAGAGCGUGCAACAGUGCCACAGGAGCAGCUCCCUACGAAUCCCUGAUGGUCGCAGAUAUCGGCGAUGUCAACGUAAACAUGUAUGACCUCAAAGACACCUGCAGAAGGAUCCGAGAAGCGUACUGCAAAGUUGUGAAAACUGGCUGCAUACCCCUGACGAUGGGAGGCGACCACACAAUUUCAUACCCGAUUCUGCAGGCAGUAGCUGAAAGGCAUGGUCCAGUGGGUCUGAUCCAUGUGGAUGCUCAUUCAGACACUGGUGAUGUAUAUCUGGGGGAGAAGAUUGGUCAUGGGAGUCCUUUCAGGCGCUGUGUGGAGGAGGGUCUGCUCGACUGUAAGAGAGUCGUCCAGAUCGGGCUCAGAGGGACCGGCUACUCUCCAGACAACUAUGCAUGGAGUAGAGCUCAGGGCUUCCGUGUGGUUCAGGUGGAGGAGUGCUGGCAUAAAUCUCUGGUUCCACUCAUGGCUGAGGUUCGGAGGCAGAUCGGUUCAGGGCCGGUCUACCUCAGCUUUGAUAUAGACGGUCUGGAUCCUGCGUUUGCUCCAGGCACAGGAACACCUGAGAUUGGAGGCCUCACACCUAUACAGGGUUUGGAGAUCAUCCGAGGCUGCCGAGGCCUGAACCUCGUGGGCUGUGACUUGGUGGAGGUUUCCCCACCAUAUGACACUACAGGCAACACGGCUCUGACUGCAGCAAACCUCCUUUUUGAGAUGAUGUGUGUCCUUCCCAAGAUAAAAUACUACGAUUAAAUGAGUGUUUGUGAAAUGGUCAGUCUUAAAGGUCACAGGUCUCUGUCUCUGACAGCAGGACGGCUCUGAGCGCUGUAAUAAAAUAAGUGAGAAGCCAGAGGCUACAAAAAUCUGUGUCUAUCAUUUUGACUUUAAGAAGUUUCUCACCAUGAACUGUCGCCAUGACCUCAGUGUCACCUGUGGACAGACUUCGUUUUAAAGGGAAAUUCGACCAGUUUUUCCAAAUUUCUGCGCAGUUAAAUUGUCCGGUUGUAAACAAUGUCACUCAGAGUGGGUUGAUGUGAAAUGCGACGUUCUGGAGUGACUCUGAGGAAGAUCUGUUCUCAGUGGCGAUGACCGGAAACGGAUGUCUUAAAUGUUCAAAGGAGAAUUCCACUGAAUUUUUAAAAUUGCGGCAUGAUUAAAUCUUUGAUGUAUGAACAAAGUC